UAUAUCAAAUAAAUGAGGCAUUCUUCGUCAACGGGACCCCCCUGCUCUCCAAAAAUAGUUUAUGUUUAAAUUAUCGGGCAUAGGCUUAAAAUUUAGCUAAAAAGGAAUACUUUUAAAUGCCGAAUGGCACUUUUUGAAAUUUCAACAUGGCGGCUGAAAUAUGGCGGGCGAAUUUUUAAAAAUUAAUUUAAUUCGCUUGAAACUUGUUACUCGGGGGUUUUUGGGGUCGCUGAUUACGAAUCUGAUGUCAGAAUUUCAAAAUUCAAUAUGGCGAAUCCAAUAUGGCUGACAAUUUUUUAAACAGUGCCUGGAGAUGCUUGAAACUUGUUACUCGGGGGUUUUUGGGGUCGCUGAUUACGAAUCUGAUGUCAGAAUUUCAAAAUUCAAUAUGGCGAAUCCAAUAUGGCUGACAAUUUUUUAAACAGUGCCUGGAGAUGCUUGAAACUUGUUACUCGGGGGUUUUUGGGGUCGCUGAUUACGAAUCUGAAGUCAGAAUUUCAAAAUUCAAUAUGGCGUAUCCAAUAUGGCUGACAAUUUUUUAAAAAGUGCCUGGAGAUGCUUGAAACUUGUUACUCGGGGGUUUUUAGAGUCGCUGAUUACGAAUCUGAAGUCAGAAUUUCAAAAUUCACUAUGGCGUAUCCAAUAUGGCUAACAAAUUUUUUAAAAAGUGAUUGGAUUUGCUUGAAACAUGUUACUCGUAGGUUUUUGGGGUCGCUAAAUACGAAUCUGAAGUCAGAAUUUAAAAAUUCAAUAUUAUGGAUCCAGUAUGGCGGACCAUUUUAUUUAAAUGUAAUUUUUUUAAUGAAAAUUGUUACUAAGAAUGUUUUAGAGUAGUUGAUUUACAUGAUAAAUGUUAAUUACUGGUUUUUAGGUUAGCUGAUUACAUAAAUAUAAGGUCAAUUUUCAAUAAUUCUAACUGUGUAAAAUAUAUCGGACGAUAUUUUUAAAUUUUAUGAGAUUUUCGUAAACUUGAAAAGUUUUAAAAAAAGGUUUCUGUGUUAUACAGGUCUGUCACUGUCAUAUCUUUUUAAUGAGAAAGCUUAGUACUAUGAGUAUUUGAUCAGCAACUUGUCCUAAAUUAUAAUUUUCUAGAAAAAAAAUGUACUGAUUUUUCCUACUUAAUAAUAUACCUGAAUAUUCUCAAGGUAUUGAUUCUCGGAAAAUUCCCUAGAAAAUCUCGGAUUAGUAUAGGAAAAAUGGAUUCCCGAGAAAUUUUCUGUAAUUUUCGUAAAGUUUCCUGCGAAUAUUUUUAUAUAGAAUUGAAUGUCACAAAUAUUACUUUUCAGAUUUUUCAUAUACUAAAUUUGCUGCUUUGUAACAAUAAAUAUGUUUUUAAUUUCGCAAGCUUACGACAUAAUUCUUCAACAAAAUCUUUAGAAGAAAUUGAGUAUUAUAAUCAAUUUGCAUCAACUUUAACUGGUAUUUACACAAGACAUUAUUCUGCUAUUAAUGUCGCUUUCAUAAAAUUCAAUACAAUUUCAUACUGUUGCAUUCGUUGAUUAUUGGCGUAUCUUAGUAUUAUUUUUGCUAAAAUCCUUUUGCAUUCAUUUACUUCAGAUUUGUAAUCAGCGACCCCAAAAACCCCCGAGUAACAAGUUUCAAGCAUCUCCAGGCACUUUUUAAAAAAUUGUCAGCCAUAUUCGAUACGCCAUAUUGAAUUUUGAAAUUCUGACUUCAGAUUCGUAAUCAGCGACCCCAAAAACCCCCGAGUAACAAGUUUCAAGCGAAUUAAAUUAAUUUUUGAAAAUUCGCCCGCCAUAUUUCAGCCGCCAUUUUGAAAUUUCAAAAAGUGCCAUUCGGCAUUUAAAAGUAUUCCUUUUUAGCUAAAUUUUAAGCCUAUGCCCGAUAAUUUAAACAUAAACCAUUUUUGGAGAGCAGGGGGGUCCCGUUGACGAAGAAUGCCUUAAAUAUUUUCUUAAACUAAAUAAUUUUUAUCUAUAUCAUUUUUAUUUGAGUCAAUAACAAUAUAAAUAGUAGAAAAAAAACUUGAUUAUAGAGAAGAAAAAUAAAUAACAAAUGUAAUAUUUAUUAAGCAAAUAAUUCGAAUUUAAAAUUUUUACAUAGUUUUUAGUUUUAAUUGUAAAAAAAUUGAAGAAUUUAUUAAAAAAUAGAGACAAAAAUUGAAUUUUAAACGUUUUUAAUUGAAAAAGGUCUUAAGUAAUUGGAUUUGUCAAAGAAUAUUAUAAAAAUUAUUAAAAAUAAUUGAAUUUUGAAAUAGUUAUAGUUAAAAUUAUUAAAUUUCAAAAAGUUUUAAAUGAUAUAUUUUAGAAAUAAAUUAAAUUUUAAACGAUUUUAAAUAUUGAAAUUUUUUAAAAUAAUUGAAUUAAUAAAUGUUUACUUUAUCUAUAUCUACUGACGUCAUGACAACCGUUCCCAAUUUGCAUAGAUGGCGUGGAUUUUAGAUUUCUAAAGUUUACACAUUUAAUAGUAAAUAGUUGUAUUUGUCAAGAUAUGUAAAUUUAUUUCAAAAAAAAGUUAACUGAUAAUAUAAAUUAUUUCAUUUGUUUACUCUCAUUAUGGUCCGGAAAUAUUAUUAAUUAUAAAUUAAUUUAUUCUUUGGAUCAUAAAGCCCAUGUAAAAUGAAUAUUACAAUUUUAAUCCAAGGAUUAAUAAUUAGUUAAUAAAUAAUUAAUUUUAAGUAAUACAAAGAAUUCUUAUUUAGAAAUGUUAACAAAUAAAAAUUAAUUCUAUCUUUAAAUAAAAAAUUAAAAUUAAACAGUACAUUUUUUGUAAAUUAUUAUAUUUUUUUUUAAAACUUGGGAAAAAAUUUAGAAGGUCUGAAAAAUUAGAAAAUGCCAAGGAAAAUUUUUUCAGGGGAAUAUAUUUAAGAAUUUUAAUUUUAUUACUAAUUUCAUCAUUUUUUAUGCUUAUUUUAUUGAUUCAUUUUAUCAGUUUUUUAAUUUUUUAUUGUUCGUAAAAAAAAUGUUCACUAUGUCACACUAAAUAAAAGUCUCUAAGUACGUAUGUAUAAUAAUAUGAUUCAAUAUUUACUCUUAAAAUAUUUUUCCACCGUAUAUGAAUUUAUAUUUCUAUCAAUUCAUUUAUGUUGUGCCAUAACUUUAAAUCGAUAUUUUCACUUGGAAGUUUGUUGUUAAAAAAAGGAACAGAAUAACAAUCGUCUCAAAAUUUAUAAGAAACAAUUUAAUUAAUAUUAUAAUUAAUUACUCAAUCUAUUUACAUAGAAAAUUAAUUUUAUUCUCUCUUCAAAAAAAAAAGUAUAAAAUAUGGCUUUUUAUUUGAAAUUUAUCAUCCUAUUUUGUCUCAUAAUUAAAAUAAUGGGACAUGCCGAAAAAAUGAAGUCCAUGUUUGAGUGGAAAUAUAUUGACUACGUGUGGAAAUCACCAGAAGCUAAAGAUGAAGCUAUCAAAUCUGGAAAUUAUAAUUUUACGAAGGCAAUUCUUCUUGAUAUUGAUCGAUCAAAAGAUGGAAGAACAUUUGUUACUGUAAUUAGAACCAAAGGAGUUCCAGCGAGUUUAGGAGUUGUUUCUAAACAAAAAGGACCUGGUGGUCAUUUAUUGAUACCAUAUCCUAAUUGGUCCUGGUAUAAACCAGGUGAUUGUAAUGGUAUCACAAACGUUUACAGAAUUACAAUUGAUAGGUGUAAUAGAUUGUGGGUUUUAGAUAAUGGAGGGAUCGACGGUAAACAAGUGUGUCCGGCACAAUUAUUAACUUUUCAUUUGACCACAAAUAAUUUAAUUAAACGAGUAAAAAUUGAAGAUAGAAUUUCUCAAAAUUCUCAAACUCAUCAUGGUCUUUUAAUAACGCCAAUUGUUCAAACUGAUGGAGAACAUUGCAAAAAAUCAAAAGUAUUUCUAGCCGAUGUAAAUGGUUUUGGAAUGGUAGUUUUUGAUUUUCCUGAUAUGUGGCGUUUGAAUGGACCAUAUUUUAAACCGGAGCCAUCUCCAGAGUUGUUAAAGGUGACAAUUGUCAAUGAAACUUUUACAUUGUCUGAUGGUCUUUUUGGCAUGGCAUUAUCACCAAAAAUUGACAACAAUCCACAAUAUCUUGUUUUUCGACCAUUCUCUUCACGUUCAAUUUAUACGGCCAAAGUUGAUGAUAUUAUGCAAACAAAAUAUAAUAAGCCAUUAGUUUAUUCUAAUUUUUCAAAUGUACUUCCCAGUCAAUCGACAGCUCAAGCAUUUAGUUCAAAAGGCACUCUAUUUUUUGGUCUCACUAGUGAAGUUGCCAUUGGAUGUUGGAAUCAGUUUACGGAAAUGACACCUCAAAAUAUUGAAAUAAUCGCUCAAGAUGAUGAAACCCUACAGUUUGCAAGUGGGGUUAAAGUAAUUCCACCGUCAGUGAGACAAAUGGAGGAAGAACUUUGGGUGGUAACGAAUCGUUAUCAAAAAAUUGCACUUGGAACUAUGAAUUUCAAUGAAAUUAAUUAUCGAAUUUUAAAACAAUCUGUGAGGAAAUUAAUUGCUGGCACUAAAUGUGAACAUCCUGGUAAAUUUAAACGACAUUAUAAUCAUCGUCAACGUCGUCAUCAUCAUCAUGAUUAUCAUUAUGAUAAUAAUUAUCCUUAUGGUAAUAAUUAUCAUCAUGGUAAUAAUUAUCCUUAUGGUAAUAAUUAUCAUCAUGGUAAUAAUUAUCCUUAUGGAAAUAAUUAUCAUCAUGGUAAUAAUUAUCCUUAUGGUAAUAAUUAUUAUCAUGGUAAUAAUUAUCCGUAUGGUAAUAAUUAUUAUUAUGAUAAUAAUUAUCCUUAUGGUAAUAAUUACCAUCAUGAUAAUAAUUAUCAUCAUGGUAAUAAUCAUCAUUAUGAUAAUAAUUAUCAUCAUGGUUAUAAUAAUCAUCAUGAUCAUCAUUAUUAAUUAAAUUUAUAUUAUGUUCAGAAUAGUAAAAAAGUAAAUACAAAAUUAUAAUAUUAAAAUUUUCAUAUUAUAUUAAAUUAAAUUAAAUUAUAAGUGUUUAUUGUGCAAUAAAGAUAGGACUGAAAAUUUAAAGCAUGUACUAUUGGAUUAUCCUGUGUAUAAUAAAUAUAAAAAUUGCAUACGAAAUAAGAAACAAAACACUCCCAGAAAUUCUUAAGAUCGAAAAUAUUCAGGAUGUAAAGAAAUUCUUUUAUUUUGUGAAAGGUUUAGUAAAAUUAAGAGAUUUCUGUUUAAGUGAAUAGAUACA